AUGGUUGAUCACCAUGACCUUGAGAAUAGUUCACUUUUUAGGUUCAAUGCGCUUUGGGAAGCACAUUAUCGCCAAGAUUCUCUGCUGGUGUUCUCAACUGGGAGAUCACCUACACUCUACAAACAACUGAGGAAAGAGAAGCCUAUGAUAACUCUUGAUAUAGCUAUUAUGUGUGUGGGGACUAAGAUUACUUAUGGGAAAUCAAUGGUGCCUGAUGAUGGAUGGGUUCAGUUUUUGAACUAUAAAUGGGAUAAGAACAUAGUCAUUGAGGAAUCAAGCAAGUUUCCUGAACUUAAGCGUCAGGUAAGCAAUGCCCAAGAGGAAUUAUUGCAGUGGCAUUCACAAAAUGAAAAAGAUAACCCCAAGAUGCUUCAUUCCUCAGAGCGCUGUGCAUCUGGGAUAAUAAGGAAAAAGGAAAAAGAGAAAGCAAAUUCAAAAUUAGCGAGAGUAAAAUUGUGA